AUGGCAGCCCUCAAGAGUCUUAGCGCUAUCAGGGCCAAGUACGUCCAGAAGCAGCAGGAGAAGGUGAAGACUGCCGCCGUCGCCGCCGCUGCUCCCGACCCGUUCCAGGCGGUCGCCAAUUGGAAUUGGGAGGGCGUAAAUUCCCCUGUUCAACAAAGCCACAGUGCCGUGGCACGCCAAUUCACCGAUGGGAGCAACCCCUCAAACGGUGCUGACUACUGCAUGGCCGGCAUGUGCGCCCCGGCCCAGGGAUACAACAACGACGUCCCCAACGCCGGCGUCGUCAUGGACAUUGACGAUGCCUCCUACAACUCGCCCGACGUCAGCAUGAGCGACGUCUCCAGUGACUUCUCCAGUGACGUCUCCAGCGACGUCUCCAGCACCAUGUUCGACAUGGACAUGGACAUUGUCUCCGACGCCAUAGCCGACAUCACCAUGUCCGAUGUCCCCUACGCCAGCCCGGAGAUCCACAUGAGCGACGCCUGGAUCGUGGGCUCACUUUGCGACGAGGAUCACUCGGACAACAUGCUCAAGAUCCUGGAGGGGAAGAAGCGCGCCACGGGCCUGCUCCAGCUUGAGGACUCUCAGCGAUUGCGUCCUCGAGAGGCCAACAGCCGCGAGCACAUCGCCGCAGAGAUCUCCAACUCGCGGGCCACCAUUGAGAAGUGGCAGAAGGUGCUUGAGAAGAUCCGGCUCGAGAUGCAGAGCGGGCACGUUGACCCGUGGCCUACUGCCAAGUGGAUGGCGAGAGGCGAGUGCCUGCUCGCGGAGGAGUGGAAGAGGCUCGAUCGCCUCGACAUGGAGUACUACAUGGCCUCGAAGUAUGUCGCGGGGUUGCAUGAGUGCUGCGUCUGGUGA